AUGAAUGGAAAUAAGAGUAUUUCAAGAAAUAAUGAAAUAUUAUCCUAAAUUUUAUAAAAAGAAGCAAGAAUGAAUAGAUCAUGCAAUAAUAGAUUACCAUCUUUAUAUUAAUCUGCACGCACUCAAAGAAAUCACAUCAUGACAAAUUAACCAUAUAAAUAAUUUAGAUUAACUAGAUAUAAAAAUGAAUCAAAAAUAUUUGGAAUGUAGAUAUUAGACAUUAAGAAGAAAUAGUUAACUUCUACAACUUUACAUACACUUGAUGAAACCUUAUGA